AUGGCUAUCGUCCGUUAUUGUGCAAUCGGGCUUGGUCUUAUGGGAUAUCCCGAUAGUCGGGCCAGUAGUAGUACCAACCUUCCAAACAGUCAAACUGUUGUUAUCCAGGUCAAUGGAAUGGGUUUGAUCUUUGAGAAGCUUUCCAGGCAGCAUCACCUAAAGCUUUUGAUUGCCGCUCUAGAUGAGGAUGUCAAUCCUAAACCUCGUUGUCCCCAGACCCGACCACCGACAAGAGUUUACAAGGAAGGAGCAUCGGAACACUUCUUGAGAGUUGGGCGGGAUGAACUAGGUAUGCUUCGCAUUUUGGAAAUGGCCGAAGAGGAGUUAGCGAUGGAGCAGGAUCAUGAGAACGUGGUUGGAGGUUUGGGAGAGUUUCCCAAGGCGGAAUGGAGAGAAGACUUGCGUAAGCGACCGUUUCCAUCUAUCCAUUGUCCCGUUGCUCGCUGUUGUUACUAA